UCCACGGUGUGAUCUGAGUAGUCCACCAUGGAUACCUCGAACGCCUUCGCGGUCGUCACUCUCCUCCUACUCCCGCUGCUUCUCGCCCUAGCGCAACUUGUACGACGUGGAUCUCCCCAGUACCCGCCGGGGCCGAUGGCUCUUCCUGUCAUCGGUCACCUUCACCUGCACCUCUUCGAGAGGCCCCUCCACCGCACCCUGGCGUGCCUCGCAGCUCGCCACGGCACUGUCUUCCAGCUCUGGUUCGGUUCCCGCCGCGUCAUCGUCGUGUCGUCGGCUGAUGCCGCCAAGGAGUGCCUGGCCACGCUCGACGUGGCGUUCGCCAACCGGCCGCGUCUGCCGUCAGGCCGGAUCCUCUCCUACGACUGGACCACCAUGGGCACCUCUAACUACGGACCCUACUGGCGGCGCGUCCGCCGCAUCACCGUCACCCAUAUUCUCUCCGUGCACUGGGUGCAGCAGUUCGCCGACGUGCACGAGCGCGAGACGCGGGCCAUGGUGCGGGGCCUCUACCGCCCCACGGCCCGCAACGGCGUGCGACGCGCUCGGGUGGAGCUCAAGUCGCGGCUGUUCGAGCUGCUGAUGAACGCCAUGAUGGGGAUGGUGUGCGCUAAGAGGUACUACGGCUGCGACGGGAAGGAGAACGAGACAGAGGCGGAGGUGAGCGAGGAGGCGCGGUGGUUCAGGGAGAUGGUGGAGGAGACCAUGGAGCUGAGUGGCGCGUCGACGGUGUGGGACUUCCUGCCGGCGUGGGCACGGUGGUUGGACGUGGGCGGAGUGGGGCGCCGGCUGUGGCGGCUGCGGGAAAGCCGGACUAAGUUCUUGCAGGGGCUGAUCGAGGAGCAGAGGAAGGAGAUGGAGAAUGGCCCGCAGCCGCAGGCACGGAAGACCAUGAUCGGAGUGCUGCUUACGCUGCAGAACGAGGACCCCGACGCCUGCCCGGACAACCUCAUCCGCACCAUGUGCAUUAGUUCCCUCGAAGCUGGAACAAGUACUUCAGCGGACGCAGUGGAGUGGGCGAUGUCCCUCCUGUUAAACAACCCUGGCGCGCUGGCGAAGGCUCAAGAAGAAAUAGACGCAUGCGUAGGGCAACCAGCACGCCUAAUCGAGGCGGCCGAUCUCCCGAAGCUGCAAUACCUUUGGUGCAUCAUCAUGGAGACGUUGCGUCUAUACCCGCCGACGCCCCUUCUUCUUCCUCAUGAAUCCGCAAAUGACUGCACGGUCAGCGGAUUUCACGUACCCAUGGGGACAAUGCUCCUAGUCAAUACGUUCGCGAUACAUAGGGACCCUGAGAUUUGGGAUAGACCUGGAAGCUUCAUGCCAGAGAGCUACCAGAGAGGUAUGCUUGAUGAUGAAUAUCUAUUCUGUUUUGUUUGUAGGUUCCUGGGUGAGAACAGUGAAGGCAAGAUGUUCAACCCAUUUGGUAUGGGAAGGAGACGAUGCCCGGGGGAGAAUUUGGGCACGCAGAUGGUAGGACUUGCUCUGGGGACUAUGAUCCAGUGUUUCAAUUGGGAAAGAGUAGGAGAUGAUCUUGUUGACAUGACCGAGGGAGCUGGAUUAACCAUACCCAAAAAAGUGCCACUGGAGGCCUUCUAUGAGCCCCGUGCUUCUAUGGCGAAUCUGCUUUCGAAGAUUUAGAGGUGUCGUGCGAGUUUUAUAGUAAAGUUUAUAGCUACAUAGUGGUUAUUAAUCCUAGACAACGUAUUUACGUGUGUUGAGAUAUAUGUUGGAUAUAAUAGGAUUUCGUUUCCUAUUGUAUAUUCAUACAUAGUGAAGGUAUCGACAACCUUAAGGGUUUAAGCCCUUACAAUAAUUUUUAUGGUAUCAGAUCUUACUCCUACAA